ACGGCACGGCAUGGCAGCGGCCGGCGGGGAACGGGGCCCGGCAGCGCGGGGAGGUUGUCUUUUAGCCUUUACUGUCAAGCUACUUUGGAUUUUGAAGUCAUCAGUACUGUGAAGGACACAGUGGAAGGAGAAGUCAUGCGCAGAUGUGCAACUUCCAGCCUGCUGUUAAGUGCACUUGACCCAUGUCUGUUUUCCUCUGCAUCAAACUUAGGUAAGUGUAUUUUGGAGCCUCUAUCUCUACCAGAAAGUCCAGCAUGUCCCGAUGGUGUUGCUGCUGUAGAAAGUUCUCCCUCUGUGCCUUGCAUUUUCUGUGAAGAAUGCUAUGUCUUAGCAGAACAAAACCAGCUCCUGAAGCACAUGAUAAUUGAACACAAGCUCGUCAUUGCAGAUGUGAAACUGGUUGCAGAUUUUAAAAGAUACAUCUUAUAUUGGAAGAAGAGGUUUGCAGAACAGCCUGUCACAGACUUCUGUAGUGUGAUAAGAACAAAUUCAGAAGCUCCCUUAGAAGAACAGGACAAUUAUUUUCUUCUUUGUGAUGUCUUACCAGAAGACAGAUUACUUAGAGAACAGCUUCAGCAAAAGAGACUGAGAGAAAUUCUAGAACAGCAACAACAAGAGAGAUAUGACACAAGUUUUCAUGGCACGUGUAUGUUCUGUGAUGAGGAAUUCACAGGAAAUAGAUCUGUCCUUCUCAAUCAUAUGGCAAGAGAGCAUGCUUUUAACAUUGGGCUGCCAGAUAACAUUGUGAAUUGCUGUGAGUUCUUGGCUGUAUUACAGGAGAAGCUUGACAAUUUGCAGUGUUUGUACUGUGAAAAAGUCUUCAGAGACAAAAACACACUGAAAGAUCACAUGAGAAAGAAGCAGCAUCGCCGAAUCAAUGCCAAAAACAAAGAAUAUGACAGAUUUUAUAUCAUUAAUUACUUGGAAUUUGGAAAGUCGUGGGAGGAAGUGCAGUCAGAGGAUGAUCGGGAACUGCUAGAUAACCUUGAGGAAGACUGGUCCGACUGGGAGGAGCACCCUGUGUGUGCAGUUUGCCUGUUCUGUGAACAACAAGCAGACACCACAGAAAAGCUGCACCUUCACAUGCAGAAAUCACAUGGAUUUGACUUUCUUAAAAUAAAAUCAGAGCUUGGUCUAAACUUUUAUCAGCAAGUGAAGCUGGUGAACUUCAUAAGGAGAGAAAUCCAUCAUUGUCGUUGUUACAACUGCCAGGAGAAAUUUCAGUCUAAAGGAGGACUGAUAAGUCAUAUGGAAGAGACAAAACACAUCACAUUCCUGCCAGCCAGGUCUACCUGGGACCAACCACAGUAUUAUUUUCCUACCUAUGAAAAUGAUACACUCCUCUGUACACUGUCAGACAGCGAAGAUCUGAUACCUGAGGAUCAAAGCGAUGUUGUCCCUGUUCUAAGUGAAGAUAUAUCCAGUCUAACAGCUCUCAAACGGAGCAGCAUUUUAAACCAACUACUGUGUGAAGAGAACAGCAGCCAUGACAAAAGUUGACCUUCAAUGAUCUUUGAGUGUUUCUCCUGGAAUACAAAAAUUACAUUCUUUCACUAACAUUGGAAUAUGGUAUAUAUGUUAUCUCUGGGCUAAUAUUACGUGGAUGGGAAUACCAAAUAAAAUUUACAUGUAAAUUC